GGCGGCUUUGCCCAGGUCUGUUAUAGGUGAUGUUAACAUCAGAGGCAGGCAGGCAGGCAGCCCAGCAGAGCCAGUGAUGAGGGGAGCUCUGGCCCACGGGGCAGAGUGGAACCCUUCAGUGCUUUUACAGGAUGGACAUGCUGGAGGACAUUGAAAUGCUCUCUGGUUUUGGCACACCGCCCACUAGGUUGUUGCUAGAGGGCUGCUUUGUGUUUAAGCCAGACGUCAAAAAAAGAAAGAUCUCUGUGCCAAUAGAGGACUAUUUUAAUAAUGAGGAACUUGACUCUGAGGAUAGCAAACUUCGAUUUGAAACAUAUGACUUGCUAUGGCAACGGAUGAAAUCUGAAACAGAGCAAUUACAGGAGGAGCUAAAUAAAAAUCUAUUUGAGAACCUAGUUGACUUUCUGCAGAAGUCUCAUUCUGAAUUCCAGAAAAAUUCAAGACAUUGGGGCUCUCAAAUGAAAUUCAGAGAAAUUCCAACAGCUGCUCUUAUUCUUGGUGUGAAUGUCACGGAUCAUGACGUGGUACUCAGAAGUCUAACAGAGACCCUUCAGAAUAAUGUCACACCAUAUGUAGUCUCACUGCAAGCUAAGGAUUGUCCAGAUGUGAAACAUUUUUUACAAAAGUUUACCUCACAGUUGAUGGACUGCUGUGUGGAUAGGAAUUCCAAGGAGGUGAAAAGUGAUAAGGUCCUGAAGAAGACAAAUUAUUCAAUGGAUUCCCUUUGUAGUUGGUAUUCAGCGGUCACACAGGCAGGCCAAAAAGUGACAGUGAAAAAGAGGACAGCAGCAGACCAGUGGCCGUCUCCUCCUGUGGUGCUUAUCUUAAAGAGCAUGGAGAGCUUCGCCACCAAAGUCCUCCAAGACUUCCUGACUAUCAGCAGUCAGCACCUGCAUGAGUUCCCUCUAAUUCUGAUUUUUGGGAUCGCCACAUCUCCUGUUGUUAUCCACCGACUGCUUCCUCAUUCAGUGUCAUCUCUGCUGUGUAUAGAACUGUUCCAGUCUCUGUCUUGCAAGGAACACCUGACAGUAAUUCUUGAUAAGCUGCUUCUCACAACUCAGUUUCCCUUUAAGCUAAGUAAAAAGGCAUUACAGGUUCUGACCAACAUCUUUUUGUAUCACGAUUUCUCAAUUCAAAACUUCAUCAAAGGAAUUAAGCUUUCUCUACUAGAACAUUUUUAUUCCCAGCCCCUAAGUGUUCUGUGCUGUGAUCUCUCAGAAGCCAAAAAAAGAGUAAAUGUUUUCUCAGUUAGUCAAUGUGAAAACAUCCGGCGCCUUCCUUCAUUUAGGAGGUACGUGGAAAAUCAACCUUUGGAAAAGCAAGUUGCACUGCUAACAAAUGAGACCUUUUUAAAGGAGAAAACUCAAUCAUUGUUGGAAGACCUGCAUGUUUACCAUAUCAAUUACUUCCUUGUUUUGAGAUGUCUUCAUAAUUUUACCUCUUCUCUUCCCAAGUACCCACUGGGUCGACAGAUUAGGGAGCUGUACUGCGCAUGUUUAGAAAAGAAGAUAUGGGAUUCGGAGGAGUACUCAUCCGCCUUGCAGCUGCUGAGAAUGCUGGCAAAGGAUGAACUGGUGAGCAUACUUCAUCGAUGUAUUGAGGUUUUGAAUUCCUCUACUGAAAAGCAGCUUGGCAACACAACACAGAAAAUAAAGGAUUUCCUGACCCAGUUCCAGAACCUUGAUGCAGAUAGCAGAGAGGACGAGGACGCCUGUGGGUCACAGCCGAAGGGGCUGCAGAAGACAGACCUGUAUCACCUUCAGAAGUCCUUACUGGAAAUGAAAGAGCUAAGGAGAACAACUAAGAAGCCAACGAAGUUUGAAAUGCUCAGAGAAAAUGUUAUGAACUUCAUCGACAACUUAGUGAGAGUCUACCUUCUCCCUCCUGAGAGCCAGCCUCUGCAUGAGGUAGUGUACUUCAGUGCUGCCAACACACUCCGUGAGCACUUAAAUGCUGCUCCAAGAAUCGCUCUCCACACUGCACUCAACAACCCAUACUAUUACCUGAAGAAUGAAGCACUGAAAAGUGAGGAAGGAUGUAUUCCAAAUACUGCUCCUGACAUCUGCAUAGCAUACAAACUGCACCUGGAGUGUAGCCGGCUGAUUAACCUUGUCGACUGGGCAGAGGCUUUUGCAACAGUUGUGACAGCUGCUGAGAAAAUGGAUGCAAAUUCUACAGUCUCAGAAGAAAUGAGUGAAGUUAUUCAUGCUCGAUUUAUUAGAGCUGUUUCUGAAUUAGAACUUUUAGGCUUUAUAAAGCCUACGAAACAGAAGACUGACCAUGUUGCAAGACUUACAUGGGGAGGCUGCUAAACAGCAAAUGACUGAAGACAAGAUGUUCCACGUCCAACUCAAGACGAAAAGCAAAUCUUGCAUAUUUGUAUCAAAACGUUUUUGGAGUACUUCAAAGUCUAACAAAUGCAUAAAGCCUUUACAUGUUAUCAGUAUACAUUGCUUCAUUCUUGCUUGUUUAGUGUGUAAAUGCUAGAACUUCUUAUACAUACUUCUCAGCAGCACCCCAAACACCAGCACACUGUAAAGUUAGACACUGUAAACAUCUUUCUGGUGUUUUCCUUGCUAGAAAGGCUCUAAAAUUGCCUCUGCCUCCCCAUUUCUUGUAAUCUUGGCAACUUACCUGGCCCAAAGCCAUUUGGCUUUAUACUUAAUAUUAAUAAACAUUCACAUGAACAGUCACGGAGACUUACAACCAGUAAGGGCCUCCACAAACUGCUCCCCUAACUUACAAAACUCAGAAAUGUAAAGGUCCAGUGAAAUAAUAUGAUACCUUUCAUGACAAGAACUUAAGAAUCAGACACCUAAAAGCUCAUUAUUUAAUGUUCAACUCUCAAGAGAAUUAUACCAAAAUUGUUCACAAAUGAUUCAGAGAGCCCAUGUCCAGAAGAAAAUUUAAAAGUGUUUUUGACUUGUGUUGCAGAGUAUGUGCAAGAUUAUGAUCCUUUCUCCAUGCCCCCAUCCCAAAGUGCUAAGAUUAUAAGGAAUUUACACUAUGCCCAGAUGAGAAAACAUGUCUCUAAACAACACAACGUUUUAUGCAUAUAAAAUACAGAAGAAUUGGUCUUAAUAUUGGCAUAUUUUUAUCUUGUCUGUCUGAGGCUUGUUUUCUUGCUUAUAUUUUUUUUCUUUUCCUAGGCAUUUACCAGCAUUUCCACAUGUAUGCACAUUGACUUCUCAUACUAUCAAGGACCUAUAGGCCUGAAUUAUUAAACUGAUUUGUGUAAUUACUUGGUAGCCUAUAAAAUUCAAUCCUUCAUUGAGGUGCCUGGCACUUCUUAGCUAUUUUAGAAAACAAGAUCAGUGUUUUCCUUGAGCUUUACUUAGCAAAGCAGACCACUAUUGCACAUCCAAGUUAACAGCAGGGUAAGGAGGGGGAUUGCCAUUGUGGUUUUAAAGAGUGGUCAAAGCAGACCUCGCUUGAGCAAAAGUACAGGAGUGAAAAAACUACCCAGGAGGACUUAUGGGUGACCCCACCAGGCAGGCAACAGCAGUGACCAAUAUCCUAGGAAGGGGACACCAAGAAUAUCAAAGGACAGAGACAGCUAGAGUGGGUAAGGGGUUCAAAUAAUAGGGAUGGAAUGAAUAGGGCAAGGGUGCAGGUAAUGAAGCUUGUUUUCUUAGGUCAGAAGCAAAAGAGCCUAUCAAUGAUCAACACAUGUGAGGACAGUGAGGCCUCAUGCAGCAAAGCAAUUACUAGUCAGCUGACCAAGGCGAAUCUUAGACUAGGCCAAGAGCAGUGGUGUUGGUGCCACUGUAGAUAAACUACAACUUAAAAUCCUUUCUGCUUAGAAACUAGAAGCAUGGCCACCAGUGUGGGCUUGCUAUGGCCUGUAUGGUGGGAUCUCUAGGAACUAAGGUCUAACGGGAAGUCUCUGCGAGUUGGCCCUAAGGAAAAUGGUAGGGGGUCCAACAGUCCUUUAUUCUUUUGCUUCCUGGCUGAUGAGCUAACAGUUUAGCUCUAAACUGGACACCAGCCAUGUCUGCUGCCUCACUACAGACCAAAGCAACAAGGACAACUGACCAUAUACCGAAACCUUCAAAAUGGAAUUAAACUUCCUGACUAGAUCAACCUGAGUAUUUUAUUGUAGUUAUGGAAGGCUAAUUGAAGAAACAGCAGCAAAAAUGAGUUUGGCUUUAGAUACAAAAAUCAGGAAAUGUUACACAGUAAGGUGAGCAGAAUCUUGUUAUUAGAGACCACCAAAGUCAGCACUGAAGAGAGGCAAGGAGAUCAACUCCAGCAUUGAGGUUUGUGCUUAUUUGUAGUUAAAAACUCAAGAGAACAUUAAAAGUGAAAGAAGUCAGGCAAGUAUCUUAGAAGCCAACUGAAGACUGAACCUCAUAUUUUAAUAGAUUAAACAAUGCAGUAAUCUUAGGUAACUUGGUUAAUUGACCUAGCCAAGUAUCAAACUGAACAGUAACCUGGGAAAAAGCCAUAUGCUAAUACUGGAUAAUAUGGACUCCAUAGCAUCACUUUACAUUCUUUUUGUUUUGUUUGGUUUUUGUUUUUUGAGACAGUUUCUCUGUAUAGCCCUGGAUGUCCUGGAACU